CCCGGGGUCCUGUGUGGCUGCUCCUCCCUGACCUCUCCCCUUGACUCAUCAUUCCUCUUCCCCACAAGGAAUGAAGUCUUUGCCUCCUUCCUUCAUUUCCUGUUUAUUACCCAUUCAUUCCCCAAAUGCCUGCCCUGGGAGCUGGGGACACAGUGGUGACAGAGAGAGCCCUGCCCCUGCCCUCGUGGGGCUCACAGUCCAUGGGGGACACAGGACCAUCCCCAGACAGUGCCGACCCAGUGGGCUGGGCUGAGGGGGACACGUGACCCAGCCCGGGCAUCGGUAGGGAUUCCUGGAGGAGAGAGAGUUGGGGCUGCGUCCGAAAAUAUGAGUAAAGCGUGGAGAACAGGCUCCCAUGUAAAAAGACCAACGGAUGCUGAAACCCAGAGGAGUUUGGAGCAAGGAGGAGAAGGUCCCCCGCCUGGCAAAAUGCCCAUCCUGAAGAGCCUCCGGGUGGCAGAUGCCAAGGUGCCCCAGGCAGGAACCCUGCCCCAGAGGUCCUCGCGGAACCCCUUUGAGGACGUUCCCGGGCUGGAAGAGGAGGAGCCCGGGCGGCUGGGGACCCUGCCCAACGGGACGUCGUGUGGCCGCCGCGCCACGCUGGAGAAGCUGGCGGGCCUGGCUCCCUUCCGCCUGGCCUGGACCCCCGGCCGGCGGGCGGGCAGCCCCGGCGACGGGCAGCCCCGCUCCUUCCUGGGCCGGGUGUGCCCAGGCCUGGGGGGUCACCAUGCCCGUUUCCGCCCGGCCCUGCCCGCCUCCAUGGGCGAGACCAACCUCAGCAGCAACCUCCACCUUGAGGCAUAUCUCACGGGUAUCCUCAACCUAUCCCUUCCUCCAAAUGCCAUUGUCAACCUCAUCGCUCUGCCCGACACCAUGGCCACCGCCAACGGGUCCACAAAGCUGGCCCCAACCGAGGAAGGGAGGGCCCAGGGCUACACACUGGGUGUGAAAGGAUGGGGAGGGGACAGGGUUAGCUGCUCUGCCACCCUCUCACAAACCCCCCGUCUCUUUCUCCCCUUCCUCAGAGAAGUCUUGGGGCUGGUGGACUUGGUCGCCCUGGAGAACGGGGAGCUGGGGCCCCUCCUGUCGCCUGGCACCGUUCGGGGCUUGGAGGAUGAAUGUGUCACAGAUGUUAAGGCCCAGACGCGGGCAGCCCUGCUCCGGGCGCUGCAGGAGGACGAGGAGCACUGGGGGAGCCCGGAGGACCUGCCAAGCACCCUGGCCCAGNGCACCUUGCAGCUGCUGGAGGAGCACACAGAGCGGGCGCCCCGCAUCAGCCAGGAGUUCGGGGAGCGGAUGGCCCACUGCUGCCUGGGGGGGCUGGCAGAAUUCCUGCAGAGCUUCCAGCAGCGCGUGGAGCGGUUCCAUGAGAGCCCAGGAGUCCGGGAGCUGCCACCCGAGACCUAUAUCAGCAGGACCAUCUCCCUGGUCAACUGCGGGCCCCCCCUGAGGGCUCUGGCGGAGCGCCUGGCCCGGGUGGGGCCCCCUGAAAGUGAGCCUGCCCGGGAAGCCGCAGCCAGCGCGCUGGACCGCGUGACCCGGCUCUGCCACCGGGUGCUGGCCGACCUCCUGUUCCAGGAGCUGCAGCCACACUUCAGCAAGCUGAUGCGCAGGAAGUGGCUGAGCAGCACGGAGGCCCUGGACAGCAUCGUGGGCACGCUGGGCGCGCAGGCCCUGGCCCUGCGCAGGAUGCAGGAUGAGCCUGAAGUUCUGGAGGGGGCAAGGCACGGAGGGGAGAGUCCGGGGUCGAUGCCAGAGGGGAUCUGUGAAGGGCGGGGUUGGGUGGCUGGUGAAAGGAAGGGAUCUGGAAGGGGGAAAGGAACUACAGAGCUAAGGCAGGUUCUGGGAUGGAUGAGUUGCAGGGUGGGGGUAUCCAUAGGCGGGCUGGGUGUGCAUCCGGAGCCCAGAACCCCACGCACCUCCCUUUCCUCUGUGCCCAGGCGGAAGCACGUGGCCGCCCUCCUGGACAUCCGUGGCCUGCGCAACGCAGCCGCCCGCCAGGAGAUCCUGGCCGUGGCCCGGGACCUGGAACUGUCUGAGGGGGAAGCCCUGGCACCAUCCCGAUAUUCACAACAAUAG